AUGGCGGCGUCGGAAGAGAUUGUUGGAGUUGGCGAGCUUGAAUCCCUAGCUGCUGGUGACUUUGUUGCCUCGCCCCCUAGCUCAAAGGAAAUUUUACCCAGAGGUGAGAUCUGGAUGAUCGCCUUCCACAGAUCGACGACCUUCUUCAACUUUGAACCAUCGUCUUCACCGCUCUUCUCCAAUGAGUCGUUGAAGAAGGCAUUUUCUUGUUCCCAGGGCUAA